GGUGGUUGUUUGAGUGGGCCAGUUGGGUAUAACCCAACGCGGUGUGUUUAUUUGCAAUUUGUUUUUUUUUUUACUUUCCCUUCUUUUUUCUUUCCUUUUAACACCCUUCUCUACCUUCGUUAAAUUAUCAUCCAUAAUGCUUCGUGCUACUAUCGCCAGUGCCGCCCGUACUUCCGUCAUUCGCACCUCUUCUAUCGCUCGUCCCAUGGGUAUGAGCAAACGUUUCUAUUCUGCUGACGUUGAAGACGAAUCUUACGAUGCUUUGACUGAACGUUAUGUCCGUUUCUUUGAUGGUGUUGAAGAUCUUUUUGAACUUCAACGUGGUUUGAACAAUGCUUUUGCUUACGAUUUGGUACCUCCUGUCAGCGUUGUUGAAUCUGCUCUUAAGGCUUCUCGUCGUGUCAAUGAUUAUGCUACUGCUGUCCGUGUGUUUGAAGGUCUCAAGGAAAAGGUUGAAAACGAAACACAAUACGAACAAUAUCUUCAAGAAUUGGCUCCUCUCAAGAAUGAAUUGGGUGUUUUGACUAAGGAAGAAUUGGGCUUCUAAAUGAUCAUCAUCACCUUAUAUUUAUUGUUAUAGUUUUUUUUUUUCUUAUCACUUUUUUUUGUCAUAUCACUUUUUUUUUUCACUUUAUACUUCUACUUUUAGAAAAUGUCUUUUUUUUUUACAUCAUUGAAUAAAGGAUUUGUCGAACUACUAA